AUGAGCUCCGACGAUGCCUCGCCACAGGCAGGCCAGACAUAUAACGACAAUUCCCCAUCUACCCCUAUGCACAACCCAGCGAUCGGAAAAUAUAACCACCUCAAACUCCGACAAGAGACAAUUGUGCAACCUGAUCUUUUCACAUUGUAUUUCGGAUUUUUCGGCACAACAGUCUGGAAGCAAAGGGUCGUGCAAACAUUGACCGAGCGAGUGGAGAACCACUACGUGCUGACAGAACGAUCUCCGACCCAAGAUGAAUUUGACGCAAUGGUUGAGCACGGAACGCGAUGUCUGUACCACGGCCGAAUGGGUUUACCCAUAAGUUCAUUCCUCGGAACUGCAUUGCUCUACUCCCAAGCACGCAAAUCGCCACUCUUCCCGCGCAACCCCACCCCAGCCUCACUACUCAACGCGAUACGGAACAUGUCCAGCGAUCCAGGCUUCAAGGGCACCCUGGGGACAGCGGCAUUCAAAAUGCUCUUCAUCAUGACCCUCGGUAGCAUGAUAUCAAGUGGUUAUGCCGUUUCCCAGGAUGCCAUGCACAUGUUGACGGACCCGCGAAUGAAGCGGUUUGUCGAGGACGUGCGCAAGGCGAAACCAGAGGAGGUGCGUAAGCGCAAGAUCGAGGCUGCUACUGAGCGUCUACGCAGCAGGCGUAGGGGUGAGCAGGAUGUCGGCUCGCAGGUUAUGGGCACGCCUGGAUAUGCAGGCGAUUACGGACAGGAGCAGACAUACGAAUCGACGGCACAGCCGAAUUCUUACUCUGAAUAUGUGAGCUCCGAUAAUAACCAGGGAAGCUCUCAGUCUAUUUCGGAUGAUUCGUCUACACCGGGAUUGAAUGCUGGUGCAAUCUGGGCUCGCGGUAGAGGUACUCAACCAGAGUCGAAAUCGGCUUUGGAUAUCAUGGAUGAGGACGAUGCUAGCCCUACAGCUGUGGAAUAUCGGGAUACAAACAUUGAUGGGUCAUCUAGUGGCAGUGCUUGGGACCGGAUCAGGCGACAGAAUGCUGGAGGACGCUUCCAGUCUCGACAGCAGCCUGGCGCACAACCUUCAAUGAAUCCUUACUCUGCUGGGUUUGGUCAGAGUGAUCAAGAAAAGUAUGACUCCAACCAGAAGACUGAGAGGGAUCAAGCACAGGCAGAAUUUGAUCGGAUGAUCGAGGCCGAGAGGAACACUGGUAGUGAAGGAUCACCUCGAAACCGAGGUUGGUGA